AUGCGGAAAACGUUGAUUCGCAUGGCCAGCCCACGCGCACGAGAUAAGCAACAUACAGAUAUGGAGUUGAUGAAGGAAAAAUUUGCAAAGUUGCUCCUAGGUGAAGAUAUGUCUGGUGGGGGAAAAGGUGUUUCUUCAGCUUUGGCUUUGUCAAAUGCCAUUACAAAUUUAGCAGCUUCUGCAUUUGGAGAGCAGAAGAGACUUGAACCCAUGGCACCCGAUACCAAAGCAAGAUGGAAAAAAGAGAUAGAUUGGCUUUUAUCUGUCACCGAUUACAUUGUUGAAUUUGCACCUACAAAACAAACGUCAAAAGAUGGAGUCAGCAUGGAGAUCAUGGGAACAAGGCCGAGAACUGAUCUUCACAUGAACAUUCCCGCCUUACGCAAGCUUGACUAUAUGCUUCUUGAGUGUCUAGACAAUUUUAAAGACCAAACGGAGUUCUACUAUGUGUCAAAGGAUGAUGAGGACUCUAAGGAUGGAAAGAACAAAAGAAAAGACGACAAGUGGUGGAUUCCAGUCCCGAAGGUCCCACCAAACGGCCUCUCUGAGGCCACGAGAAAAUGGUUGCAAUAUCAGAAGGAUUGUGUCACACAAAUACUAAAAGCGGCCAUGGCUAUAAAUGCUCAGGUCCUUGCCGAAAUGGAAAUCCCGGAAAAUUACAUCGAGGCACUACCUAAGAAUGGAAGAUCAAGUCUUGGGGACUCGAUAUACAAGAGCAUCACGGAUGAUUUCUUUGAUCCAGACUACGUGAUGUCUACCUUAGACCUCUCCACAGAGCAUAAAAUCCUCGACCUCAAGAAUAGGAUAGAGGCAUCGGUGGUGAUCUGGAAAAGGAAAAUGCACGCUAAGGAUAGCAAGUCGUCUUGGAGCUCGGGCAUGAAAUCCGAUAAAAGAGAACUUUUCGAAGAUCGGGCAGAGACGUUUUUGCUUAUCAUGAAGCAUCGUUUUCCUGGACUUCCCCAAUCCGAACUUGACAUCAGCAAAAUCCAGUACAACAAGGAUGUGGGUCACGCCAUCCUUGAAAGCUACUCAAGGAUCAUCGAAAGCUUGGCAUUCACUGUCCUUUCGAGAAUAGAAGAUGUCAUGCAAGCUGACAAGCUUGCACGGAAUUCAGUCUCCGAACAAAAGAAAACAGAACGGGUGGACAAAAUCCCGAGCUCAAAAACCGAGCCCGAGACCCCGACAUCAAAGACCCUGCUGGAUUUCAUGGGCUGGAAUUUGGACCGUGAGGAUGGCGAGGCCCGGGACUCUGAAGUCGAGCCCGUCAUGACUAAGCCUCUCAACAAGCCCGAAAACAUUAUAACGAACAAGAAGGUAUCCUACAUUGAGAGACUACAAAAUCUAGGCGGGCCCAGAAGCCCGACAGAACGCCAUUAA